AUGAAAAAUUAUUACUUUGGGGGUGGGAUACGUCGAAGUUUUUUGACAUUUGGUGGUGUUGUACCAGAAAUAAAGAAACUUGAUUAUGAAGUUCCAUAUGUUGAUCCUUCAAGAAUAUAUGGUGUUGAUAGUGGGGGAAAAGUUUAUCAGAAAAAUACAUCUACUGAACCACAAGGUCUUAAAAAUAAUCAUUUUUUAGGAAGUGGUGAUUGUGAUACAAAUAAAUUUUCAGAAAAUUUAACAAAAAUAGGAUCAUCUAAAGUUGAGAGUCUUCCUUCAAAUCCUAUUUCACAAAGAAAUUUAGAUUUAAAUAUAAAUAAAAAUAGGAAUAAGUAUGAAACAUUACCUUGCACUAGACUUCAUACUUCAAUGCAAUUUAAUAGAAAUAUGAAUUCAUCUUUACCUUCUACUUCACUUGGUAUAUCUUCAAUUAAUGAAUCAAUGAAAAAUACAAAAUUAGAUGAUUUAAAAAAUUUUAUUACACCAAUAAAACCACAAGAUAAACAAGUAGAAGUUUAUUCUAAGGUAGUACCUAAUAAAACACCAAGAUUAAAUAAGACAUGGAGAAAUUAUCGGAUAAAUGUACAAAAAAAAAUUGGAAAAGCAAAAUUUAGAAAUACUUUUACAAUUCCUAAAUUUUUAAAAAAUCAAGAAAAAAUAAAAAAUGAUAAUGAUAUACAUAUUUACCAGGAUAAAAAAGAAUUAAAAGAAUUAUGUUUACCAACAACUAUACUUAAUCCAAUCAUUGAUGAACCACAAAAACUUGGAGUGGCAAAAUCUUUAAAAGAAGAAUUUGAAAUGUAUCGUCAAUGUUAUAAAGUAUACAAAGAAGAUACUGGUGUGGAAGAGCAACUUAAAAAUAGUACUGUUCAAAAUUUUGAACAAACAAAAAGAAAAGAAUCACAUUCAAUGGUAAAAAAAAUAAUUUUUUAUUUAUCAAAAUGUUUACAUUUAAAUAAAACUUAA